AUGAUCGGCGUCGAGUCCAAGGAGGACACCAUCAUCGGCGGCAAGUACGAGAUUCCCAAGGGGCAGCCCUUUGCUCUCUUGUUUGCCAAGUCCACACUGGACCCGGCUGUCUACGGCGACACAGCCAACGACUUCAUGCCCGAGCGCAUGCUGGACGACAACUUUGAGCGCUUGAACAAGGAGUUCCCCGAUUUCUGGAAGCCAUUUGGCAACGGCAUGCGCGCCUGCAUCGGUCGUCCGUUCGCCUGGCAGGAGGCCUUGCUGGUCAUGGCUGUCUGCUUGCAGAACUUCAACUUUAUGCCCGAGGACCCCAACUAUACCCUCCAGUACAAGCAGACGCUUACCACCAAGCCCAAGGGCUUCUACAUGCGCGCCAUGCUCCGUGAUGGAAUGUCUGCCCUGGACUUGGAGCGUCGUCUGUCGGGUGAGCUCAUUGCUCCCAAGCCUGCUCAGACUCAAUCCUCUGGACAGCCCAAGAAGAGCGGAGAGGGCAAGCCUAUCAGCAUCUACUAUGGUUCCAAUACUGGUACUUGCGAGACCUUUGCUCAGCGCCUGGCUUCCGACGCUGAGGCGCACGGUUUCACGGCUACUGUCCUCGACUCGUUGGAUGCCGCCAACCAGAACUUGCCCAAGGAUAGACCGGUCAUCUUCAUCACUGCCUCCUACGAGGGUCAGCCCCCUGAUAACGCUGCUUUGUUCGUUGGCUGGCUCGAGAGCUUGGCUGGUAACGAGUUGGAGGGUGUCCAAUAUGCUGUCUUUGGCUGCGGUCACCACGACUGGGCGCAGACCUUCCAUCGCAUUCCCAAGCUUGUCGAUAACACCGUUGCUGACCGCGGUGGUGACCGUAUCUGCUCUAUGGGUCUUGCCGACGCCGCCAAGGGCGAGAUGUUUACCGAUUUCGAGCAAUGGGAGGACGAAGUGUUCUGGCCUGCCAUGGAAGAGAAGUACGAGGUCAGCAAGAAGGAGGAUGAUCCCUCCGAGGCUUUGUUCCAGUCUGGCAUCACUGUCAACUUCUCCAAGCCCCGCUCUUCCACUUUGCGUCAAGAUGUUCAGGAGGCUGUGGUCGUCGAUGCCAAGACCAUCACCGCCCCUGGUGCUCCUCCCAAGCGCCACAUCGAGAUCCAGCUCUCGUCCGAAUCCGGUGCUUACCGCACUGGCGAUUACCUGGCCGUCCUGCCCAUCAACCCCAAGGAGACGGUGAACCGCGUCAUGCGCCGCUUCCAGUUGGCCUGGGAUACCAACAUCACCAUCGCAGCUUCCCGCCAGACCACCCUGCCCACCGGUGUGCCCGUUGCUGUUGUUGACGUCUUGGGAGCCUACGUCGAGCUCUCCCAGCCGGCCACCAAGAAGAACAUCCUCGCUCUGGCCGAAGCCUGCACCGAUGAAGAUGCCGAGACCAAGGCCACCCUCCGCUCGUUGGCAGGACCCGAAUACACUGAGAAGAUCACCUCUCGCCGCGUUUCCAUCCUCGACCUUCUCGAGCGAUACCCCUCCAUCCCCCUCCCCUUUUCCUCCUUCCUCUCUUUGUUGCCGCCUAUGCGUGUCCGCCAAUACUCCAUCUCCUCUUCUCCCCUCUGGAACCCCUCCCACGUAACACUCACCUACUCCGUCCUCGAGACCCCCUCCCUCUCCAACCCCGACAAGAAGCACGUCGGCGUAGCCACCUCCUACCUCGCCUCCCUCGAAGCCGGCGACAAGCUGAACGUCUCCGUCCGCCCCUCGCACAAGGCCUUCCACCUCCCCGUCGACGCCGACAAGACGCCCCUGAUCAUGGUAGCCGCCGGCUCGGGCCUCGCUCCCUUCCGCGGCUUCGUGCAAGAGCGCGCCGCGCAAAUCGGUGCCGGCCGCAACCUCGCUCCCGCCGUUUUGUUUUAUGGCUGCCGCCACCCGCAGCAAGACGAUUUGUAUCGCGAGGAAUUCAACAAGUGGGAAGCCAUGGGCGCGGUAUCCGUGCGUCGCGCCUUUUCGCGGGAUGUCGACAACGAAGAGACGAAGGGAUGCAAGUACGUCGGGGAUCGCAUCUGGGAGGAUCGCGAGGAAUUGUUGGGAUUGUGGGAUCGCGGAGCGAAGGUGUAUGUUUGUGGAUCAAGGGAGGUGGGGGAGAGUGUCAAGAAUACGAUUAUCAAGAUUGCGGUGGAGAGACAGAAGAGGAUUGUUGAGGCGAGGGAGAAGGGAGAGCUGGAUGGGUUGGAGGGACUGGUGGAGGGGUUGAAGUUGCAGGGGCUGAAGGUGGAGGAGGUGGAGGUUAGUGAGGAGAGGGCGCUGAAGUGGUUUGAGGGUGUCAGGAAUGAGAGGUAUGCUACUGAUGUUUUUGAUUGA